ACGAAACUUAUGCUUCAGCAAAGACAAUAUGUGUUAGAAACUUGUCAUAUAGUGUGGAACGAGCUGAUAUGGAGGAUAUUUUCAAAGAUUGUGGUGAAGUUGUAGAUGUCCAAUUCAUAACAGAUUCUGAAGGGAGGUUUAGAGGCUUUGGAUUUGUCAAAUUUGGAACAGUAGAAGCAGCAGACAAAGCCCUCAAAUUGCAUAAUACCGAAUUAUUGAAUCGUCGUAUCAAAGUAGACAAAGCUCGGGAAAAGAGUGAAUAUCCCACCUAUAGAAGUUCAUUUCAUACGGGUGGAAAUCUUCACUCUCACACUAUAACGGGUUUUGACGCAUCUCUUGGAGAAAACAAGCCCAAAAUCCCUGCUACACCAAAUCAUACAAAUAUUACAUCAAAUACUAUAUAUGUCGGAAACUUGUCAUACACCGGAAAAACUUUUUAA